CGUUUAUAGAAUUACAUCGCACCCCAGCACAAAAGCCCUGCUUGCCAUUGCCUGUGUGCCUGGUCAUUAUAAUGCAAGAUGGGACGUUUCUCAAAGUGUAGAAGAGAAGAAUGGUGGGGCAGAACAGUGACUGGGCAUGAUGCACAGCCAUUAAACUAAUCUUUCCACUUGUAACCUUUUCCAAUAAGACGUGAAAGGAAGCAGGGGUGAAUUAAGGACAUUUCAAGACCUGUGCACUGACCAGAAAGGAACAUUUAAGCUAAGUCAAGAUGGCAGACACUACAAGACCGCUUGAGAGUGAAAGCUGCGCCGUGCUGGAACCAGCACUGGACAUCAGUGGAGGAAUAACGCUGGAGGCCCUGCAGACUUUAGAAGAAGCAGGAGGGAGUCAGACUGCUCUGGUUAUGACUGAAGGAGAUGAUUCUGUGUUUUACAGUGAAGAUGAAGAAAUUCCACAGGAAGUUUCCGUCUCUGAUCCACGGUCUGUGUCUUUGGGACCCAUAGGGCCUCUAGAGCCUCAGUCUUCACCACAGAUUCUGGAUUUGGGAGCUGAAGAGCUGGUGCAGUCUCUGAGUCACAGCACUGAGCUAAUGGAAUCCGGAUAUAUGUAUUAUAGCGGUGCCGAGCAGGAGGAAGUGGAGAAUAUAAUGGAGAGUAAAAUAAACCAUAUUUCAUCAUCAGCCCAUGUUCCAGCAGUGGAGGGUGAGACUGAAGCGGCACUCGAAGAGCUUUUACAGCCUUCAACAGUACCAUAUGCAUGGUCUACUAGAAAUGAAUCUGCAGUGUUGUCUGCAGAAGAAAAGAAGCAGGCAGACAACAACUCACUGGGACACGUGACGACUGGGAUUCCAAAAGAACUGCAUCUGGAGCAGCCAACACUGGAAAAAGACUCAGCAGAGGGCGAUGAAAGCACUGCACCAAAUGAACAGCAUGAAGAAACAGAGGAUCAGGAACAAGACAGACAUGUAAAAUACGGAACGGUCUCAUACCGGCGCAUCCGCAGGGGUCUCACGCGCCAGAGGAUCGAGGAGUUUGAAGCCAUGAUGCAGCUGUAAACGUGCUGGAAGACCACCAGAAAAUGUGAGCUCAAGAAGCAGACUGGGACUGAACAAAAAAAGAAAAACAACAUUUUAUGCCUUUUCAAGAUAAAACAUGUUUGCUGUGUUGCAUUUACUAGCCCUUUAACAACAAUUUACCCAGAUUGCAGUUCACUGCAUGAAUGCGUGAUCAGCUAUUAGGGAUGGAUUUCUGAGCUGAAACAUAUGAGAAAAUACUUUUGGUUAAUUAAACACUAAAACACUACAAGACUUAACAGGUAAGAGGAUGAAGGCACACAAUCCUCCAGAGAAAAGACUCAUUACUGGAAUAUUUGUACAGCUCAACUACUAAGCUCAGACGCAACAGGUCAUUUCAUACCGCAGUUCAGCUGCAUUGUUAACAUGUGUGCAUUCUUGUAUAAAUUUCAUCAGUAUUAAUCCUGGUGUAAUGCAUUGUAAAGUUUCUGCCAGACAUGAUCUACUGAAUAUUUAUACAUUUAACAGAUUGCAUGCUAGGCUUGCAUCUUGCUUUGUACAUUGCAUGAGUAACAAUAAAAGGAAACUACAACCAAA